AUGGGGAACACCAUGAAAGUGAUGGAAGACCACAACAACAUACCCUUUAUUCCCUGCGAUGUCAUAUGUAACAUUCUCAAAAGACUUCCGAUGAAAUCCCUAAUUCGAUUUCAAUGCGUAUGCAGAGAUUGGAAAAAUCUCAUCGAGUCUUCGUCUUUUAACCUAGAACACCUCCUCCACACCAGUCGUCCAACCCUUUUGCUUCUCCUCAGAUGCUACCACAGGGUUAGUUUGCGCAUUGUGUUGGUGGAUCAUUCCACCAUGCAGGUGCUUGAAAUUCAAAAGCCACCUUUGAUCGAUCCCUCCAUUAAUUUUAGGAUCGUGGGUUCCAGCAAUGGCUUGGUCUGUGUUGAGGUCGGCAUCGAGGAUCGCUGCAUGGUCCCUUCUCCUUUCAGCCCAAAGGAAAAUGGUACAGUUUCCCCUUACUUUUUGUUAUGGAAUCCCCUGACUAGACAGUUUAGGGAGGUGCCCAGAACUAUGAAGGGUUCUAAUGGUUAUUACGAUGUCGGAUUUGUUUUCAAUCCCAUUGAUGAUGAUUUCAAGAUAGUGACAACUUAUGUAACUCAAUUUCGUUUUGCCGUUAAUCCCGUGGAAGUUUAUUCAUUAAACUCUGGGUCUUGGAAGGAAGUAGAAUUUGAAAACUUUGAGGGCACAAAUAUUAGAAAAGGGGAAAAAGUCAUUGUUAAUGGUGUUAUGUUUAUGUUUGGUGGAAAGCAGAGGCCGGGUGAUCAUUCUAAUACGGUGGUUUCGAUUGACCUGACAAAGCAAGUGUGUAUCUCGACGCCAUUGCCUUUUUUAAAAUAUGAAUAUAAACGAAUUAAUAAAAGGCUUACUGUGUAUGAGAACAAACUUGCUUUGGUUGUUGUUACUUUAUCUUAUAUGAUUCAUUUGUGGGUGAUGGAGGAGGAUCCAUGUGCAUCAGGGGGAAGAUGGAUUUGGACUAAAAAAUAUACUGCUAGCACCCUUUGUGACCAGUUAUGUACACUCGCGUUAAACCCAGUGACUAUUUGGAAGAAUGAGAUUGUCUUCCGUCCUUUUCAUUUGAAUGUGGAUGAUGAAGAAAAGAAAAGGUUGUAUCUGCUCGAUCUCACUACUAACGAGAUUAAGAGGUUUAAGAUUAAAUGUGGCCCCGGCCUUGUCCAUGGUAAUUUUGAUCAUGUGGAAAGUCUUGUAUCAGUUGGCAACAUCAACGAUAGAGAACCUUAA